CUACUAACCUGGAGAUCCCGAAAGGCAGCAAAAAGUGUGUUAAUAAAUAGUGUUUAAAGAUCAUUGAACCUGUGGGCAAGUGGUACUGCUUAAAAAAGUGUGUUGGUUGGCUCGAGAAAGCGAAAAAGUUGAUGAUUUUCGUAAUUAUCGACCCGGCUGCAAUUACUGAGGUGGACCUGCACAAAAAAAACGGACAAAGAGAACGAUUUGGUCAGCUCGAAGGCAAUGCGUGAUGAUUUUUGCAAUAUGACCUUUCAGGUGUGGAUGUAACGAUUACAUUAUUUGAACUUCGAAAAAAGCUUGCUCAAGAUGGUAUUACAGAUGGCUCGCUGACAAAAUCCGCAAACUAGAUUAUAAUUCCACCAUCAGUUCCCCAGUCGCUCAAUGUGUUCUACUCGAGAAAAUGAUCCAGAUGAAGCAAGUAACCAGUGUUACGAAAAAUGAGCGACCAAUCCAAUCCGCAAGAAGUGCCACGCAAUGUUAAAACUUUGCCGCCGAGCUGUCAAAAGCUCGCUCUUGGAAUGCAACAACGAUGGAACAGAGCAAUACCAGAGAGCGAUUACAUUCAACUGGGAACGUUACGCUACGGAGUGAGGCUUUCAAAUCCAAACCUCGUGAGCGCCGCAACGAACGAUGAUAAUGGGAUUCCCCCGGCUAACCACGGAAGUGCUCAACAAUCCAGAUUCUCCUCCGACUCGUAUGAUCAGCAUACCAACGGGAGUAGCGUUCUGAGCGCUGGCGGCACCAGCAGUAACAGCAGCCGCGGUGCCAAUGAUAGCUGCUGCUGCAUCGCAACCAAUGGCAUUGAAAUGCCAUGGAAUAGUGGGUACGUGCGAACACGCCUACCUGUACCAAGUGGAUAUUUGGCUAAGAAUAGAAAAUCGUCGCCCUCAACAUCAACAUCAUCGUCUUCAUCGUCAUCCACCACUCAUCGGCAGCUGCAUCAAGCUCCUCAGAAGCAAAUUGCUCCACAACAAGGAAACCUCAGUGAAAAGUUACAGCACGGCGGUACUAACGAAUCGGACUUAUCGAACAAUUGCAGCAACAAUAAUAAGAACGGCAGCACUUUUCCAGGUGUUGAUAAACAUAAUCAGCAACGCGAAUCCUCUCCGGCAUCAGUAUCGGGCGUGUGUUGUUAUACCACUAACAAUUUCAAUAGUGCUUCCAACAAAAAUGCUAAAAAUAAUAAUCUAGUUAAAGUGAGUAACAAGUACUCGGACAGUAAGAAGCUGAAGAUAGUGAACAACAAAGGUGAACACAAGGAUACAGUGCCGUCGCCGUACGUUGACGAAAGUCGAACUAGUAAAAAUCAUCGUAACGGAUUCGGUUAUGGUGGCGAUUCGCGCAAUUUGAACGAAAAGUGGUCGUCGGGCAUUAGCAGUAGCGAAUAUGAUGCCGUGAAAAGUAGUGUUCAGAAACAUGGCGAAUUUUCCUCCGCGGAGAUCAUCAGUGGGAAAGGUCUUCUGAGAGGCGGCACCAGUGGAGUCAGUGUGAAGAAGAACGAAUGCGAUGAUUUAAAUUUAAAUUUCAAAAACGCACAGCAUUCAAAAGAGCCGCGGUUGAAAGAUGUGAACAUAAAUAAUUUUAAGAAAAAGAAUACGUCGUCGUAUGGUGUGUAUUUUGGACCGAAUUCAAGUGUGGGUCGAACGGGAAUUAACAAUAAAAAUAAUAUCGGGAAAAAUACCACCACAAGAGGCGAUGAUAUUUGUGCAGACGAGUUGUCCUCAUCUUCGUCGUUGUCGCCUAGAUCGCCCCCGUCGCCGUUGCCUUUACCACCCCCACCAACUGCAGUAGCAGAGUCGUGGUUGUUCAGCGAUCGCGUGAAGCUAACACCACCUUGUUCACCGAUUCCGUCGUGCUCUGGUUCAUUCAACAAGAACUUAACCGCACGAACGGAAUCGUCUACGUUUGAUUUUGGCCUACCCGAUACACCUGAACGUGGAAGAGUCAGAGCUUUCAGUGACUCAAACGGCUGCUCAGAUGAAAGCAAUCAGUUCCGUAUUAAUAGAUCGGCCAUCCACCACCAAAACAGGCACACUCCCAAAAAUCACACCAUCCCACAUUUAGAAAACUAUCGAGUUAACGGUCAACGAAAAGUUCCUCCCGUCAUAAAUCACGCGAGUGUCGUCCAAUUUCAACCUCAUAGACAAUUCAACUCCGAUACUAUUGGUGCCAAAAACAACGGCUGCGCGUCACCUCCAGUUGUGAUAUGCCAAGUUACACCAAAACUACCUUCUCGAGGAUCUAAUGCUGAAGUUCGGCUACAAUCUUUAAGCCGAUACUGUGCUCAAAAUUUAAACACAAAUCCCCAAACUCCCAGUUUGGUUACAGCUGAACUGGAGGACUUUACUUUUAUCGAUUCUUCGGAUAUCUCAUCAGCUGGAGACGAUGUCAUCACUGUGAUCAAUGAAGAAGAUUACCGGGAAUAUCAUAAAUGCCUAUCGGUACCAAAACUCGAUGAAUCGUCUGGCGAACUGUGUCCCGGUAAUUAUGAUAGUGCACAAAGCAGCAACAUUUUCAUAUGCUCGUCGGACGAAUUGAGUAGUGUGUGUAGCGGUAGUGAUUUAGUGCCGACGUUGGUAGUAAACAGCUUCAACGAGGAAGCAAAGCAAAAUUUCCACACGGUUAAAUACAAAAAGUGCAAUGUGACGUCGAAUUCCCAAUCAAGUGCCUGUGUCAGUGAAGCAAAUACCGAUUGUCCAGAUCCACCCUCGCUGGUUGAUAGUGAACAGAAGGUCCCGGCCAACGCCGCCGUCGUCGUCAGUGGGCAAAGCGAUAGCAAUAACAAUCAACAUUUAAGAAAUACCGACGUUGUGCUUAAAUUUAAUCCAACUACUAAUAAUAGCCACGAAGAGAACAACGACGGCGACAGAUCAAGUGGUGUGGUAGUCGAAACAACAUCGCCAGUUCGAAUUUCCACGCAACAGUUUGGCUUCAACAAUAUAUCUCCGGAUAAUUCCUCCAGCAGUUUAAAUUGUUUCGGGAAACAACAACUGCAUGUCAGGACAUCGCCAGAAAAACCGAUAAUGGAAAAGCGAAACAACACCUUGGAUCGAUUACAAAAACUAGUGAAAAAGACAACAUCUGGAUCGAGCGAAGCUAAAACAGGCGAUAAACACGGUGGUACUAAAACUGAACGUCUCAGAGAGCUUACUGAACUGUUGAAAGGAACACGUGCACCCGUACCACCCCCACGUCGACCCAAAGCAUCCCAGAGCCUCGAUAAAACCUUCGAAAGACAAAAUUCAAGCUUAUCAAGUGCCAGUCUUUUAAACAUAGAUUCCUUACGGAGAGAGGACAAUGGCAGCAAUUUAGUUAAAUCCAAAGAAUCUCGCUCGAUUGAUUUUCCUUAUCAAUUCGUUGAAAGUAAUCGAGCAUCCACUCCAAGUUCUCCUCUGAGUGAACAUAAAACUUGCCUUCGUGCAAAUGUGAGCACAUCUAAUUUAGAAUGUUUACAAUGUUCUCCUACCAAAGAAAGUAAUGUGCUUGCUGAAGCACCAAGCACACCAUUCAAAGAAGAAGAUGAUAUAUUCACCAAAUUGUCCAGACCAGAAUCUAGAACGAUAAUUGGUUCCUAUACCCAGAAGACUAUUCCAUUCCGAAGCGCUUCCUUCUCUCAAGUAGACUAUUCAUCCGGUAAAUACAUACGUUCAGCUUUAGGUGCCAAAAACAGCUUGAUGCGUGGAAAGGAAAGCUCUGCAGUAGAUAAUGUAACGCUUCCAAGAAACAAGAAAGAGUUUACUCGUAGUUGUAGUCCAGCAGUCUCCGAACCCGGUGUGUCGAUGGACGAUAAUAGCAUUUCAAAAAUCCCUCUAAAGAAAACAGAACUUAAUAUCAAUCUAACCCCUCCGGACAUUUUCGAUCGUGUCGAAGGAUUCGACGGAAAAGAGCUAUCCUCCAACAGAAACUCCGAUAUUGAGACAAUCGUUGAAGAUCCGGAAGCAGAACAUUCGGAAACGAUUGAAAAUGAGAACAGCAUACAGAAAAAAGCCGAAAUCAAUGCGGUCCAGGCAUCCGAGAUGAUACUGGAACCAUUGAUAGAAGAAGGAAUUCCAAUAACACCACAAUCGCUGGCCAAAGAUGAAGAAUGCCUACAACAAGCUACAACUUGUUUGAUUCCUGUACCAGUAUACGAUUGCGUGGUUAGUGAAUGGAGCACAGCUCGACCUUCUGAGCAAUGGAUCGAUGCGUCCAUGAACGAAUGCACCAAAUUGUCGGAUUGUUUAGACAGUAUUAUAGAGCCAAGCGAAAGUAUAUCCGAGCCAAAAGAGGUACAUUUGAAUCCAGUAGAAACUAUUGUUGUAGAAAGUCCACCUGAAAUUGUGGAGCCGGAAGCAUCAACACUUGAAAAUGUUGAUGAAACAGAGGAACAGUUUAUGGAGCCAGUGCUGGAUUGUGCAGUCAAUUUGAACGAUCAAUUUGAAAAUGAAACUUUUAUGUGCACGCCGCCCGUAUCGAUUAUUUGUACAGAGCCAGAUACAGAAACAACCACUACUAUUAUUGAAACACCUCCAACUCCAGAGGAAUCACUUAUCAGAAUAAAAUCUAAUGAGGGGGAGAUCGUUGAAGUACGAAAACGCCAUAGCAAUAAUGAGGAUGGUGGUGAAGCUAUCAAUAAUAGCAAUAGUGAGAUUGAAGAAAAGCGAAGGAUUGAUAAGUCCAAACGACGGAAAGGGAUUUAUAUUCAAUGGCCUGCAAUAGACACGAAUCUAGAUCCAGAAUCUGAUUCCAAUGAUAAUUGUACCCCCGAUGAUAACUGGCGACCUAGACUUAAAAUAGAGAAAGAUUCCAGCAUAGAUCUCAGUGGCGAAAGCUGCACAGAUCUCAGCUCUAAGGAUAUCACAUCAUCCCCAGAUAAGAUGAGAGAUUCCAGUAUACUGCAUGGACCAGAUCCAUUUCUUCUAGGACCUUAUACUCCGGAUUCGGAUAACUCGCGGCCGGAAUGGCCCCGGGGGUCUCGUAGAAAAAGUUUAACAUAUCAGAGCUCCGACGAAAAGGACGAUUCUACACCAAUUUCUUCGGUUCCCGUUCGCUCGUUCAAAAACAUAUUCUUACGUUGCGAUUCGGUGUCGGAUAAUGAGAGCGAGCGUGCAUCCUCGAGAGAUAGAACCAGUGCGUCGCCAGCCCCGUCGAGUGAACAUGACUUGAAAAGGUACUCCAAAAGACCACUCCGGGGCCCGUAUGGUCAAAUGCUUGAGGCGGAAAUGAAAAAACCAUCCAAAGUGCAAUAUAAUGAAAUUCUAGAGGAACUCGCCAGGCACGAGAGCUCCCAUUCGUUCCCAUCGUUCAACAGAAAUCGAGGUAGUGGAAGUCAGUCUAUGGAUGAAACCAACGAUCGUUAUUCAAGCAAGCUCUUCAAACCAAGGAAAGCUAGCGCAAAUCUGCCACUUCCUAGUCACAAUAGGACAGCAUCCAGUCCUUCAAAAUUGGCAGAUUUGGGUGUGGAAAGCUCAUCAACCAGCAAACGACACCUUGGAAACAUAGAGCAAAGAAGCACAGACUCCGAUAAAUCGGAAAAAUCUCCAAAUAAAUUAGAGACUAAAAAGUUUUCAUUGGACUCUCAUUUGUCUGACAAAAAUACCCACCAUCAUGAGAAACACAGUAAACGUAGCUCGGGAAACUGUGAGAAACACCAAAAACGGAGCCUCGAUGAUACCAGAUAUUCGCAGACAAGUCGCACACCGUCCGAGCGCAGUUUUGCCAUUGGCUCGCCGGAAAAACCAAAGAGCUUGGUCGCUUCCCCAGAAUUACUCGCAGAAUUGUUGAAGGGGUCAAGCGAAAAACUCGUAACCGAGCAACUUACAGGUGGCGCCAGUCCCAAUAAUGCAGCCAGCAAUGCGCUUCCCACAGCUGUUCUCAAGUGCCUGGACACACGGACACACGUGGUGGUGGAACUUUUCAACACGGAAAAAUCCUACGUCGAGUCGUUGCAAACGAUCGUGUUGAAAUAUUUGAACCAGCUCAAAUCACCAGAAAAUGCCGGCCUAGUAGAUACUCAAACCGUUGACGAAAUCUUCUUCAUGGUGCCUGCAAUUCUCAACAUCCAUGAGAGGUUUUUGGAAGAGCUGCGGAGGCGUUUAGAUGCGUGGGACCCAAUGCAAAAAGUUGGAGAUGCAUUCGUUGAUGUGUUUUCAAGGCCAGUCAUUUUGGACACAUACACAUCAUUCGUUAACAACUGGAAUCGGGCUAAAGAUGCAAUCCGCACAACACGACAAAAGUGUCCAGCCUUCGCACGAUUUCUUGAAGCGAUGGCACGCGAGCACAAGGGAAAGCUAUCUCUCGACAAUUUACUAAUCAAACCUGUACAAAAGUUUCCAAAUUAUGAAUUAAUAUUAUCAAGACUGAUUAAAAACACCGACAGUGAUCAUCCCGAUCAGAGGCCAUUAAAAGAAGCUUUAACAUUAGUAAAGGAUAUCCUAAUGUUUCUCAACUGCAAGGAGAAGGAAGCCCUCGAGAAUGGGCAGCGGGAAACGGCACUGCGUGAAUUGGAGGGCGUUAUCGAGGGCAUGAACGACCUGGUGACGCCCGAUCGGGCUUUCCUACUGUUCGAUCUCGUGUCUAUGCCGUCCGGGCAGGCGACCCGGAAGGAGCGAGGCUUUUUUCUCUUCAACGAUCUGUUAGUCAUCACCAGUAUUAAACGACGUAGCGGUACCAUCCGAAAGACCAAUAUGACGUGUCCCGGCAGUGUGGCGUCAACUCUAGAUACAAAUAAAUACAAAUUCCUUACCAAAAUUCUGUUAGAUGACCUAGAAAUAGUUAAAUCAAAAGAUGAAAACAUUCGGCGUAUCAUGAAAGAAAUAGAGCAUCUAUCGGACGAUUCAAAUAAGUUAACGCAAAUAUUUGAUCUGGCUGCAAGUCUGAGAUGUCCUCAUCAACUGCUUGAAGAGUCUAUUCGUGAUCUACAGCGAGAGGUUCAACGGCAACUAUCCGAAAGGCAAACAAACGAUGCUCAAUUGAACGUACUGGAACUAAUGUUAAAUUCAUCGGGUGGCAUUCAGAACAUGACGGUCUUGUUUUCCAAACCAGACAAGCGGUCUCAGUGGGAGGAGGCAUUCACUGAGGCAAAGCAGAAGUUGGCGAGCGCCCCGGAACGUUUUCAGAUUCCAGAGUUUGUGGUGUCGGUACCCAUUAGAAAAACCAGAGCCGGCCUUCAGUUCACUUGUGCCUCUCCGACGCUCGGCAUCCAGCGAGAUGUUUGGGUGUGUAAUAGCGAUGGAUACGUGGGCCAGGUAUGUGUUCUGAGCCUGGUGCCGGAACCAACUGUCACCAGUUGCAAUGGCGUUUGUAACGCACGAAUACUGUGUGUCGCAUCCGUUCCUGCGUCCGAUGAUUGCUCUUCUAGUCAUGCGAAUGCUAGCAUCAACAUAGCUAUUCAAGACCCACCGACAUCCAUAACGAGUUCCAUCAACUCGAUAGUCAAUUCUAAACCACACGAGAAGCGAAAAAAUACUGAUGAGUCAUCAGCCGGUAGUAGAAAUUCCAGCAACAUACAGCUCGAGUCUGACAGCUCCAGCGAAGAUUCGGAAACCGAAAGCCAACCAGAGCGAUCGGUUAGUCCUUCCAGCAUAACUGUUGGGCCAAAUAUGCCGACCAGCUUGCCGAUUUCGCAUAGGCAUCAAGAGUCAAAUUCCGAGGAAGCGGACGUGUCGCAAUCCACCAUGUGGCUCGGUACCGAAGAUGGUUGCAUUCACGUUUACAACUGUACCGAUAAUAUUCGUAUCAAGAAGAACAAAAUUAAGAUUCCACAUAUAAGUGCCGUCUAUUCCAUACUGUACUUAAGUAAUAAGGUGUUUGUUUCGUUAGCUAAUGGUGACGUCUGUAUCUAUUCGAGGGAUCACAACGGUUGGAACACUACAACCCCUCUUACUAUUUCUGUGGGAACCGUGACGAGUCCUGUGACGAAGUUACUCAACGUGCAUGGUAAACUAUGGUGUUCUAUACAAGGGUGCAUCAAAGUGGUCAACACAACUACGUUACAGGUGGACAGCCAAAUCCAAAUUUCUAAUGACUCAAAGCCAAUUACAAAUAUGACAGUAUUAGACGAGUACGUGUGGAUUUCGGUACAGAAUUCAGCACACAUCAAGUGUUGCCAUCACGAAAGCUAUGAGGUUAUUUUCGAAGUAAACUUGGCCCCUUCCGUGAAUAAGAUGUUAUCUAAUUGUGAUGAUAUAAUACGGCAACAUAAAGCAGCUUGUCUGCGAGUAACGUCGUUGCUGGCUUGUAAAGAUCUGAUUUGGGUAGGAACCAGCGCAGGCGUACUGCUCACAAUCGCGGGAUCGAAUAUUAGCAAAGGAUCUUCUCCACCGGUGGUAACAGGAAUUCCUCAUGGACAUACCGGUCAUGUGAGGUUUCUAACAUUUGUUAAAUCUCCGGAUUGCGACAGCUCAGAGGAUUUAUCUAAAAUAAGCGGUAGUAAAGCCGAUAUUGUUAAGAAUAACUCGAAUCGAACAUUGUUGGUGAUAUCUGGUGGAGAUGGAUAUGAAGAUUUCCGAAGCUCCGGCAACAACACGAUGAGCGAAAUUGCUGGCCGAGAAGAUAGCACCAACCAUUUACUACUAUGGCAUGUUUAAACUCCUUCCCCCACAUUUUAAGUACACCAACAAUUAAUUUUCGAUGAGCCAAUGGUACCAAGUACUGACCGGUUGUAUUUUGUUUUUGUAGCUCUAUAUUUGGCAAGCUGGACUUGCUGGUGUAUUAUUUCGCUUUAAGAUCGUUGAGCUCAACAUCAUUCAUUUGUAUAAAAAGCUAAUUUAUUUUCUCAUAUUGUACGACAAUAAAACUCCCUCGAAAGGGAAAACAAUUCCAAAGCAGAAAUAACUUUUCGAAAAAAUGAUAUUUGUAUGGCUUUUUGGCAUGCUAGCACAAUAUUUAAAUGUGAAUAUGCAUAGGAAUUGUUAAAUAGUUUGGUACAAUGUAGAAAUUUUCAAUGGCCUAAAUCAUGAUAAAAUCACCUUAGAAUUUUCCAAAAUCAAGGUUUCACCUCUCAUAACAUCCUAGAAGUUUUAUAUGUAUACAAUUGUAUCCAUUCGCACAACUUAAUGUCGAAAUCGUAAAUAUUCGCGCAGUACUAUUCAAACUACUUUUUAUAACUGUUGAAGUAUUACGUAUACUCACCAUAUAAACGUCACUGUAUUAAAAGCACUUCAAACCAAUUUCGUACGACUUUUCUACUUAUACCAAAAUAAAAGCUAUACCCUCCUCAAAUAAUGUCUGAUAUUUCAAAAUCUAUAGCAUGCAGAAACUGUUCCCGAAAGUUAUUUCCGAAAUAAAGAAUAUUAACAACAAACGUGAUUGAAAAACGGCGUUUUCGCAAUUUAAACAUUUAUAGAAAAUAUUCCAAAAAACACAAAGAUAAAGGUUCAACUUAUUGAAUAGAAGAUCAUAUAUCAAUGUUUAAAUACCUGAGUAAUAACACAUUAUUGUGUGACAGAGAAACCUAUAUUUAGCUAAUAUUUAUCGAAUUGUUCUUGGCAAGUUAGUGUUAGUUGAACGUUAAUUUAUUUACGAGCAAACGAACACCCAUACAGGAAUUCAUAAUCAUUAUACAUGAAAUAAAAAGAUGCAACAUGUAUGGAGCCAUCAAUAAACAAAGAAUUGCUGUUAUAUAACAA